CAAUCCAAACCAGUGUUUUUUAGCCACUAGAAACUGAUACUCAAGUGAUGGUCAAGACGGUGGGCAGCGGCCAACUCGCGGCUGCGUUCGGCGUCGGCGUGGCGGCUACAAUUGCGGCGCAAUACGUGUACCAAGUUGCGCUCAAGCGCAGCUCUUAUCUGUCGAAAUCGGCUGUAACGACGCCGCGCGGAACGGAUGCUUCUGCGCAGGAGUUGCUGGAGGAGCAACUGUCCCGCAUUUCCGCCUUCUUUGGGCCCGAGGGCUUCGCUAAGGUUAAGGACGCGUUCGUGGUGGUUGUGGGGCUCGGUGGUGUUGGAUCCCACGCUGCGCACAUGUUGGCGCGCUCAGGCGUCGGCAAGCUUCGGCUCAUCGACUUUGACAAUGUCACGCUGUCUUCACUGAACCGCCACGCUGUGGCCACCCGCGGUGACGUAGGGCUGUCCAAAGUCACAGCCAUGAAGCGCCACUUGCAUGAGAUCGUGCCGGACUGCGAGGUCGAGGACAUGGCCGUCAUGUUCGAGGCAAACAGCGCCGACGAACUGCUGGAAGGCAACCCCACGUACGUGCUGGACUGCAUUGACGACGUUAAGACCAAAUGUGCGCUGCUUGAGGCUGUGACUCGCAAGGGACUCAAAGUUAUCACAGCGACUGGAGCUGGUGCCAAGGCUGACCCAACUCGUCUGCAGAUUGGAUCGUUAAAGGACGCUGUUCGUGACCCGCUUGCGACGAAGAUCCGGUACUUCUUAAAGAAGAAGGGGAUUUCGUCGUCGGAGAUCACGACUAUUUUCUCGAGUGAGAAGAGCGUGUGUAAGCUGCUGCCUUUAGAUGCUGAGCAGGCGCAGAAUCCCGAGCAGUUUGGCAAUGUAGAGAACUUCCGCAUCCGGGUGAUCCCCGUGUUGGGCACGAUGCCCGCGCUCUUCGGACAGUCCAUGGCGGCGUAUGUUCUGUGUGAUCUGGCUGGUAAGAAGAUCAACCCGGAGGCGGUGGCACGACUGUCACGUGACCAGCGCAACAAGCUGUACCAGAAGUUGCAACAACGUGAACACGUGCUGUUCCACGAAGGCCACAAAAUCGAGCUGGAGAAGGACGAGAUUGAGUUCGUGUACCAGGAAAUCUGGCGUGGACGUAGCUCUGUGAGUGGAGCGCGUAAUGGUGGCCACGACCGCCUGUACUUGGCUCGCUGGCGAACGGACCGACCACUGGACCCGGACAAUGUGGUAUACUUGACCACAAAGGAGCUCGCCAUUCUAGACAAGAACGGAAUCGAAGGGUUUGACCCAGAGAUUGUUGCCCGCAUCGAUGCUCGUCUGAGUCAGUUCGGAAGCUGGGCGGUUCCUCAGUAGAAAUACCAUAGAGCUGCGUUAUAUGCAUGUAGAACUGCAGUAGAAUGAGCUGGAGAUUUUGUAGACAGCAAUUUUGGAGCUUGAAAACUGCAAUAGACCGACUCGGUCUAAAAUGAAGAUGUCACGGUACUCUUUAUUAUGUGACAUGUGCCAAUGCAACGAAAAGUGUUGAUUUCAGUAUGGC